CCCAAAUCUCAUUUAAAUACAACACCCAUGCUUUCAUUUCUCCUUAAACACACCAAAUCUAUUUCCAAAAAUGACCAUACUACCCUCACAUGUCAAAUAUGUUCUUCUCAUUCUUCUCUCUUUCUACACAACCCUUUCUCACCAAGCCUCAUCUCUCCCAAAUCCUAGGCUCCAAAAAGCCUAUUUUGCCCUCCAAGCAUGGAAACAUUCGAUAAACUCCGACCCUCAAGGCUUCACAUCCAAUUGGUACGGCUAUAACGUGUGUAACUAUACCGGGGUCUUCUGUGCGCCUUCUUUAGACGACCCACAUGUGACCACGGUCGCUGGUAUCGACCUCAACCAUGCAAAUAUCUCCGGGUCUCUCCCUGAAGACCUAGGUUUGCUGACAGAUCUCGCACUCUUCCACAUCAAUUCUAACAGCUUUUGUGGAACAGUGCCAAAAUCUUUUAACAAACUAGGUCUUCUUUACGAGCUUGACAUCAGUAACAAUCGCUUUUCGGGUAAUUUCCCAUCAGUCGUGCUUUCUCUUUCUUCUCUCAAAUUUCUUGACAUUCGGUUUAACCAGUUUAAAGGUGAUGUUCCUUCCAAAUUGUAUGACCUUAAACUCGACGCCAUUUUCAUCAACAACAACUUAUUUGACACGAGUUUUCCUAAAAACCUCGGGAAUUCUCCUGUUUCGGUGGUGGUUUUUGCUAAUAACAAUAUCAAAGGGAGUCUGCCGUCGAGUAUAAAGAAUAUGGGGGGAACUUUGGACGAGAUUAUUCUGAUGAACGUGGGUUUAAGUGGGUGUUUAACACCGGAUAUUGGGUCGUUGAAGAAGUUGACGGUUUUUGAUGUGAGUUAUAAUUCACUGGUGGGGAUGUUGCCGGAAAGUAUAGGAGAAAUGAAGAGUCUGGAGCAGUUAAAUGUGGCUCACAACAAGUUCUCCGGCGAGAUUCCGCCUAGUAUCUGCUCGUUGCCAAGACUGGAGAAUUUCACGUACUCGGAUAACUAUUUUUGCGGCGCGCCCAAGAGUUGUCUCAAGCUGGCCGACAAGGAUGAUCGACAAAAUUGUAUCCGGGAGAGGCCCGCACAGCGGCAGGUGGCGGAGUGCAAGGCAUUUUAUUCUCGUCCGGUGAAUUGUCUUGAUUGUUCACCACCACCUCCUUCACCACCGCCUACUAAACACUGGCUGCCACCAUCGAAAUAUUGAAUACAAAGAUAAAAAUAAAAAAAUUUGAUUAUUCAAAGCAUAUAGAUGAAUAAGGAAAGUUGAACUGAUUUCGUGUGAGAUUUGUUGAUGUUGAUAUAUUACCUCUCUUAAUUAUUUUUACUUUUUAUUAAAUUUUAGGUUUUACAUAAAGUUUAAGUUCGUAUGAAUGUUUAAUUUAAUUUACUUGUAAUUAACAACUCUAAAGCCUUUAUUUCUAUUUUCUAUUUUAUAUUUAGAAUUUAAGCUUUGAUA